AUACUACAUUAAAUGCUGAUAAUGUGAGUUCGCUGGUUGGUUACUUAGGCGACAGACACAAUCGGCCGAUGAUGAUUAUGAUUGGUGAGCUGAUACUGGCCCUGUCCUGCGCUAUAAACGCCGCCCCGUACUUCAUAUACGGCGCCGGCACACACCUAUUGCACGAUGAUAACCUACUUUCAACCACGAGCCUUAUAAAUAGCACCAAACAGUACGAAAUGUGUACCUCGGUCAAUAGUACGCUGAAUAAUUUGGAUGAAUGUACGCCUGGUUCACACUCAACCAUAUGGCCGGCGGUAAUUACCCUGAUAAUUGGAAGCGCUUUCCGUGGCAUUGGCUACACUACCUAUUGGGUAAUCGGUGUGCCAUUUUUAGACGAUAGUGUGACCAAGGACAGUUCACCAGUUUACAUGUCCUUGGCUAAUAACCCGGGCAUCGGUCGCCGUGAUCCCAGAUUUAUAGGCGCAUGGUGGGUUGGCUUUUUAAUGAUCGGGGUGGCCCUAUUCCUGGUCAGUUUACCCAUGUGUUUGUUUCCCACACAACUUAAAUCGGCAUCAGUUAAAGUGAAUCGCAAAAGCCGUGGCAACGGAUUUAAAGCCAUGUGGCCAGUGUUCAAGCGAUUGGUCAAAAACGCGGUGUUUAUGUUUCACACGUUUGGCGGUGUAUUUCGGUACAUGGGUUUGGCCGGGUAUACCAUUAGCCAGACCAAGUACGUACGGGCGCAAUUUCAUUUGUCCAGCUCCCGGGCCAGUCUGGUCACUGGUGUGACGUCCAUAUUCCCGCUGGUGUUCGGUAUAGUGUUGGGCGGGUAUGGUAUCAAAUGGUUCAAACCCCGGCCCCUAACACUAGUCCUGUUAAUGUUUGCCGUCGAGUGGUUCGCAAACGGCGGUAUAUUUACCGCGAUGUUUAUGGACUGCCCGGCCGUACAGCUCCCGACCCAA